AUUAUUAUCAUUUGAAAUCCCUUCCAAAUAUACAGCCAAGUCAUCGACCACCAUGUCCGAAGGCCAUCACCACCAGCACCACCGUGACCACCAGCAUCACAAAGAAAAUCCGGCCAGCGAGAUUGACUACAAGAAAGAAGAGAAGCACCACAAGCAUAAGGAACAUCUCGGAAAAUUAGGAGCUGUUGCUGCUGGCGCCUUCGCAUUGCACGAGAAGCGCAAGGCGAAGAAAGAUCCAGAACAUGCACACAGUCAUAAGAUAAAGGAGGAGAUUGCAGCCACUGUUGCAGUUGGAGCUGGUGGAUAUGCACUUCACGAGCAUCAUAAAAAGAAAGAAGCAAAGAAGAAACACCAAGAGGCUCAUGGAAAGAAGCAUCACCAUUUCUUUCACUGAUAUAUAUAUUAGCUUAUGAAGAAUAUAUAUAUAUAUAUAUAUAUAUAUUGAUCUGGGGAGCUCAAUUUCUUGCUGGAUUUGUUCUGUACUGUACUAUUUAUAUGCUCUUCUGAUUCGUACAAGGUAUUACACUAUUCAGUGUUCCUACACAGAGUAGUAAUACCUUGCAGUAUUAGGAGAGGAUAUGGAAGAACAGAUUAGGAGAGAAGCUGAAUUCAUAUUUGGAUAAAUAAUUAUAGUCCCUAUUUUUUUAUUUUAUUAAUUUGUUGGUGUGUAUGUAUAUGCUUUAUAUACACAGCAGGAGUUUCAUGAUAUAUGUAUGAUUAUUUAUGUGUA